CCAGUACCAGUACCACUGCACUGCACUGGUUUUGUCUGCACAUUUGCACUUCCUACUUCUAGCUCAAAAUCACUCACAGGACUUGUAUUGUUCUCAUUGAUCUCUAAGAAAUCAGUAAUAAUUUAUUAAUCUAUUUUAAACAGUAAUUUCUGCACGAGGUUGUAGACCAUCCUGGUCCUGGAUGAUGUUCAUCGACAUUGAAUGAUCGACGAGGCGAGCUCUAGCAAGAAGCAAGUAGCUGACAGCCCUUGGAGGUGCAGAGAUAUCAGGACCAUGGCAUCUGGAUGUAGCAGCGGGGAAACCUUAUCAGAACCAGCAGCAGGUGACUUAGCCAAUGCGAUUUCUCAGGGUACAGUGACUGAAGAGAUGCUAGAGAGAUGUGCUCAAGAGGGUCGUAUCGAUGUCCGAAACAAGGAAGGACAAACACCGUUGAUGCUCGCAUGUUUGAAAGGUCUGGAGGAUGUUGUCAAGUUCCUAUUAGCAAAUGGUGCCAACCCCAAUUCCAAGAGCUCAAAGGAUGGUAACACUCCUUUACAUUAUGCAUGUAUGUUAUUGUUUGAAGAGUCUGAAGACACACUAUCUGUUAAGCCAUCCGCUAAAAAAAGACUCCUUGAACAACAAAAAUUGAGAAACCCCAAGCUUUCUAUCGUUAAGCUUCUUCUGAAGUAUAGAGCAUCUGUUCAGAACAACAUAGAUGGAUGGAGUCCAGUAUAUGUUGCUGCAUUUUACUUGCUGAAUGACUGUGUUGAAUUCUUGUUGAUGGGUGAUGAUGAUAUUCCUUUGGAGGACGAGAUCAAAGCUUAUGCAUUACUUGGAGUUUUACAGGCUAAUCUGGGUCAACUUCCCGAGAUCCACGAUGCUUUUUACUCUUUCUGCAGAGCCAUAAACUUACAAGAAGGUGCAGGAGUUAGUGAAGGGAAAGUUCAAACCUCAGAACUUGCUGCUUGCUUCUCGGAAAUCUCUCUAAAAGAAUUCCACAAGCUGGAGAAAUCAUCUGAAAGUAAGGAACUAUUUCCUCGAAUGAUUUCAAGUCUCAAGUAUAGUUAUUUCUUCCCAUCCCUUGCAUACUUUGCAUUUCUUGUAAUGUUCAAUGAGGAGAAGGUAAAAAGAUGCUUCCAAGUAUUCUCUCAUGUUCUUGCUUCUGAAAGAUGUGGAAGAGCUCUGCUAACAACAGUAGUAAGGCAGUUAGAUUAUGCGCAUGAUGACUGUCACCAUAAAUGGGUUGCAAGGCACAUGUUGUCUACUCAUGUUACAAUAUUUAAGAAUGUACACAGUGCUUGUCUGCUGGGUGUGAGUGAUUGCCUAAGAUAUUGUUUUGGUACCCAACUUUAUGACGAAAUCGGGACUUCUGUUGACAUUUUGAAGUCCUCCUUGCGAGACAAAGAGACCUUAAUGAGCAUCAUUCAAAGUAGAAUACUGAGGGAAAGGCCUGACGAGUAUAACAAGCUGCCUUCCCUAACAGAUCAAAUCAUGUUCACUCUGAUGAGUGAUUGUCAUGAUAUCUUCGACUGCAAAGGUUCUGUUAGCAAGCAAUGGUGCCUUGUGACAUUAAGGUAUUUGUUGCUCAGGCUUCUGAAAUCUGACAAUGGUUCUUACCAUAAUUAUAGUGCGAACGCAGGCAGUACACUACUGCACAUGUUGGCAUCAUGUAUAUCUUUUCCACUAACUUAUCAUGGAUCUGUUAGAGAAAUUAUGAGAUAUAUCCAGGAUCUUGCUCAGGCCUUCAUACGUCAUGGGUGUUCUCUGGAUGCAGUGAAUAAAGAAGGUGAAACUGCCAGAGACAUUUUGCACAAUUUGGAGUUGAACUUGAAGGAGCCACAUUUUGAACAGGUUGAGUCAUUUUUUAGUCCACCAACCACAGUAUUGCGUCUGGAGGAAGCAGCUGUCAGAGUAGUCCUCCGACACAAGAUCAACUACGUAGACGUCCUUCCUCUGAGGCUGCGUAAGCUGGUAGAUGUACAUGUAGUUACAGAUUUAGACUUCCCUGUAAGGCUUCUUGAGAUGAUAGAUGGAAUGUCACCUGAAGAUAUUCAUCGAACUGAGAUGAAAAGUCUAUAUCCAGAUUUAGACUCAGGGUUUAAUGUAUUAGGAGAAUUAUACAAUUUCAGUAGUGAAGAAAAUAGCGAAAGUGGUGACAGGAGCUCUUAAAGGUAAAACAAGUUUUGGUAUGGAGUCAUGAAUUUGGUUCAAAUGAACAUAUUGGGAGCAUAUGUGAUCCUACAAUAUUCAAUGAUCGUUGUCGCGGUUGAAAUCGAGUCUAAAGUGAUGAAGUUAUAAAUAAUACACUCUUUCUGUUGUAUAGCUACCUCUCGAGGUCAAGAUAUUGAUUUAGCCAUAAAACAAUGUUUCUUGACUAAAAUCGACCGAUUGGCUAUUUCCGUUUGGAAAAUAUAUAUCACAACUGCAUAUUCUGAGAUUUUCAUGGUCACAGCUAUCAUUGUAUGGCCGUAUAGGCGCUAUUUGAAAUUUACCCCAAUUUAGCGGGAGCACGGGUAAAUAUCAAUAUUCAAUUUAUCUCAAAAGCAGAUGUGUUUUAUGUGCUAUUUUUUUAGUGCUUAUAAUGCAUCCACAGGGGCAUCCAAAUAUAUCAAAAUUGUAAGGAAUCACUAUCCAGCCAAUUUUCAAAAUUUACCAAAACUUUGUAUUACCUUUAAGAAUGGUUCUGAAGGCAGUGAAUGACAGUACCAAGAGAUAGGCGAGUUUUGGUAAAAGCAAACAUUUAUUUGUCAGUUUGCUAUCUGAUGUCCACAGAAAAAGGAAUGGUUUUGAGAUGCCUUCAUGUUCAAAUUAUGACUAAAAAUAAUGUAAAAGUUUAGACCAAACUUUCUUGCCAAUUGUUUAUAGUUCUAUACAGUAUGUCCACUUCUGUGUGCAGUGCUGCUAUUCCUGUACAUGAUAUUUAUAUAUUUACUAAAUCUCUGAUUGUGUUGCUGCAGACUUCAAAUACUCAAAAUAAACAAUUAUUUCAAAGCAAUCCACUAGACCAACAUCGACAACAGGUUCACUAGAGACAACCCACAAAACUAAACAUAGAAGGGAAGAUAGAAAAAUGUUGGUCUCAUGGGGCAUCUGUUUAGUAAAUUCUCUGAAAAAAGUGGGUAUGUAUUUAUUUAUUUGUUUUUAUUAUUAUUUUAUUUUCCUUUUUGUUUUCCUCU